AAGUGGACUCGGAGGCCGCGUGCCUGUAGAGAUUUUUCCCCGAGUCAAACCCGGAUGGACUUGAGAGCAAUAAUUAUGAGGCUGACGUGCAUGUUUUCCUUCAUCUUGCUGUUUGGAGUGGCUGGCCUUGUCAUCUUCAUUCACCUGCAGGAUCCGGCUGACAUAAUUCACCAGCAGGCACCAGGAAUAAGGUAUAACGUUAGACCACAACAACUCAAAAAAGACUGUAUCUCGAGCAGUGACCAGAAUGAGAAAAACACGGACCUGCGGGCAGCUGAGUCACCAAAGGGUGACCCUCAGGAUCCCCCCAGCCAACCUCAGAAUUUCCCCAUCAAAGUUCAGAGCCUGGAGAGAAAGUCCAGUGGGGGCAGGCUCCAGGGGACAGGCGGUGAGAGAAAGGGGCCAGAUAUGAGCCCAGGCCACCUGCACAAGCACCGGAGGAGGUUUUUCCUCAAAAAGAACCCUGUCCUGAUCUCCCUGAACAGCUCCACCGACACCCUGGCCCAGCUCCGAUCUGGGAUGGGGGACAACCGCUGGGAGGGCCUCUACCGGGUGCAGAGUGAGCGGAAGAAGAUAAUGCGAGAGACCUGCUCCAAAUACAAAAGCAACACCCGCCGAACCAUCACCCCCUACCACGUAUCCCGGAUCUUCGUGGAAGACAAAUACCAGAUUCUGUACUGUGAAGUGCCCAAGGCCGGAUGCUCCAACUGGAAGCGUGUCCUCAUGGUGUUGAACGGUCUGGCUGCCUCCACCAAAGAUAUCCAGCAUGACACAGUCCACUACGGAAACUUCCUCAAGAGGCUGGACAGCUUUGACCGAAAAGGCAUAUAUCGCCGACUGAACACUUACACCAAGAUGCUGUUUAUCCGGGAACCUUUCGAGAAGUUGGUCUCCGCUUUCCGCGAUAAAUUUGAGCAUCCGAACAAUUACUACCACCCCGUCUUUGGUAGAGCUAUCAUUUCCCGGUACCGGGUCAAUGCCACCCGAGAGGCUUUAAGGACGGGCUCUGGGGUGAAGUUUAAGGAAUUCAUCCAGUACCUCCUGGAUGUGCACAAACCAGUGGGGAUGGAUAUACACUGGGAUCACAUCAACAGGCUCUGCAGCCCUUGCCUUAUUGACUAUGACUUUGUGGGGAAGUUUGAGAGCAUGGAGGAUGAUGCCAAUUUCUUCCUCCGCCUAAUUGGCGCGCCCCAGAACUUGACUUUCCCCCAAUUCAAAGACAGGCACUCUGACGAGGAGAGGACCACCACGAAAAUCACCCAGCAAUACUUUGCACAGCUGUCCCCGUCCCAGAGACAACGUACUUAUGAUUUUUAUUAUAUGGAUUAUUUGAUGUUCAACUAUACCAAGCCUUUUGAUGAUCUUUACUGAGGAGUGGGGGAAGAAGGUGACCCAGUCUUAGGUCAGGCUGGUCUCAUGGUCAGGCACCAGUCUGUUUGUGGUGGGCCAGUCAGAGGGACGUUUUGUGGUCCCGUCGCCUCCAAGCUCGUGGGCCUGCGUUCCAGGCAAAGCACCGAUCUCUCUAGGAAAUGCUUACAAUCACAUGUGGAUCCCUUCACCGGUGGGGAUAUCCAGGUUCCACUCUGGAAGGGAGCAGCCCUUUAGCUGGGCAUCUCCCAGGCCCAACUCUGGCGGGGGCAGUAGGGCAGGGCCUUCGGAUUGGGGAUUGUGCCCUUGGAGGGCCCAAGGAUUGGGUCUUCCAUUUGGAUGUGGAAGAAUCGAGAGAAAGUGGUGGAAAUAAUGGGUGGGGGGGGCACCCAGGGAUGGGGAGAGGAGACCAGUCUGCUCUUCCAUGGGCAUCUUGGCACCUUCCCUUCCAUGGGCCCCUCCUGACCCCCUGCAGAGUUGGGGACCAACAAAUUGGAAAUGGGAGAACUAGAGCAGCCCAGAGUCCGGGAGACACACAUGCCAAGUGAGAUAGAAUGGUCGCAGUAGUGUGCCAAAGCGAUCCCUGGAGCUGUGGGGCUGUCCAAGAGCACACUAGUGGCUGCCACCUGGAAAGGUUUGGGGACUCUAAAGAAAAGUCGCAUUUCUUCCAUUGGAGAGUUGCUAUGACAAUCCCUACUUGCAAGGUUUUCUAUAGGUGCUGUACAUGGGACACACAAGAUACAUUUCCUUUUAAAUCAAGCACUUAGUACAGUGCACUGCACACAGUAAGCACUCAAUACCACAGAUUAAUUGACUGAUUGAUUGACCAGACUCCCAAAUAAAGCACACGGUUUUCCUAAA